UGGAAUAGAAAUGUGUCGUCACACAAUUGUCAGGGACAGAAAAAGGGUGGGCAUUGAAUUCGCGGGCGUUGUCUGAUACUGCUACCUGCAGGGUUUCACGAAGGGAGCCAAGUGUUCGUUCAUCAGCUAUCAAUAGCUUAUUUGCGCAGUUCUUGCUUGCCAACGACUCGUCCUGGCACCCGGCAUUCGGCACUCGGCACUCGGCACGUCCUGCUCCAUAACCUCUCCUACCUACUCUUUGCUAGAUACAGUGCCCCUCUCCUCUCUCUCUCCUCUCUCCUCUCUCCCUCUGCUCCCUAGUCAUCGGUAGAUACAGUGCCGUACCGUACGUCACGUUCUGAGAAAAUGCACUACGGUAGAGAGGGCGCUUUUUUAGGUACCAACUGACACCUACUGCCAUCCGUGCGCUGCGGCUGGGUUCUGGCUCUCUCACGCCGCUCCGCCCACCCACUCGGUGGUCUCCCUCUCCCCUCCGCCCACCCAUUCCCCGCCCCCAACGUCGUUCCGCCCCCCUCGUGGCGCGACUGUUUAAGGGCGGCUCAAACUCCCGGGCGGGUGAGCUAGCGAGCGAGCUAGAGAGAGAGAGAGAGAGAGAGAGAGAGAGAGAGAGAGAGAGAGAGAGAGAGAGAGAGAGCAUAAUGUCUGCGAGUGGGAAACUGAGUGCCCAUUGAAUAGUAGCGGGUGAUCCGAAGAAUGAUCUUUGGCUCUGAGGCGAACGGCGGCUCUUCCGGUAAAGGUGCCGCUGAUUCUAACGUCGUUGCAUCGGACUCUCUGAAGCGGUCCAACAUGGAGAAAGAGGGAGACGACGACAGGGGCAGCCCUACCAAGAGACCUAAUUUGCGCGCUGAUUCUGAGAACUCCAGCGACACCGCGUCCACCGUUAGAUUCCUCAUAUCCAACGCCUCCGCUGGCUCUGUCAUUGGCAAGGGAGGGUCAACCAUCAGCGAGUUUCAGAUCCAGUCCGGCGCUCGCAUCCAGCUUUCUCGUAAUCGAGAGUUUUUCCCUGGGACCACCGAGAGGGUUAUUCUCCUCAGCGGUUCCGUCAGCGCCAUCUUAACCGCUUUGCAUCUCAUCCUCUCCAAAAUUUCGACCGAGGAUUCAGGAGGCAGCCCCCCAGACACUAACAAAACAAGUCAAGUGAGGCUAAUAGUUCCAAACGCCGUAUGUGGUGGGAUAAUUGGCAAAGGAGGCGCUACAAUCCGAUCAUUUGUGGAAGAUUCUGGAGCAAAUAUCAAGCUCUCGUCACAAGAUCAAGCAUUACCUGGUGUGACAGAUCGUGUUGUCACAAUAACGGGCACCCUGGACCAGCAAUUGCGGGCUGUAGCCCUCAUUGUUACAAAAAUGUCUGAAGAUCCCAACUAUUUGUUGUAUGCUAACAUGCCUAUUUCCUACCCAGUUCCAGAUUACUAUGUUCCAGCUCGAGAUCCCUAUGUUCCAGUUCGAGAUCCCUAUAUUGCAGGUCGAGAUCCCUAUGUUGCAGAUUACCGUUUGCCAGUUCAAGUGUACAAUAGCGGAGCAGCUGUACCUGGCUAUGGAGGGCAUCUUGCAGCUGCAUCCAGUCCAUACACGCCAAUCCAAGCAAUGCCCGGUGGGGCUUACGCUGCAGCCCGAAGCAAGGGCAGACCAGGAGCUCCGAUGAUUGCGGGGCCAGUGAUCCAGACGCAUCCACCAAUUACAACAGUUACUGUGGCAGUCCCCGACGAACAUGUAGGGGCGAUUGUCGGGAGGAGUGGAAAGACGAUCAAUGAAAUACAGCAGAUGAGUGCUGUAAGAAUCAAAAUCUCGGAGCGAGGCGAUUUUGUACAGGGAACAAACAACAGGAAAGUGACUAUUACUGGUUCGGCGGAAGCUGUCCAAUUCGCACAGUAUCUUAUAACAACAAAAGUCCAGAACAGCGCUGCAGAGGCGAACUCUUACCGCCGUGGAGGAGAAUAGAGCGCGAAGUCAAGUCCACCACCCGAAGGAACGGUUUCAUUAUGCCCUGCGUUUAAGUAGCAGUUUUGUGAGGGCAUCCACUGUUUUGAAGCGACUGCACUGUUUCAGACCACAGAGAGUGAAGGCAAAAGAACAGGUAAGAAAGAAGCUGGAGAUUGGCAGCGGGACGGAAUACAUGAGAAUCAGACUGGCAUGUGCUUGGUGCAAUCUAGGGGAAAUCCUGCCUGCUGCCGGAUGAAAGAACAAGGAGGAAAGCCAAUGGCCGUGUAUAUUCUCUCUCCUCUGAAGAUCAUUGGUGUGCCAGGUGUGUGCAUGCGUGGUGAUUGCCAGCUAGCUGUAAGUAACGGGCCUCCGGAACUCGAUCUGACCUGGGGAAGCUGUAACCACCUUUCGGAGUACACCUCUCUUUCUAGCUCUGUGGCAUCAAUUGGAGACAGUCUCUUUGCAGCGAAUGAAGCUGUGUGUAUUCCCACUGCUGAGUCCUGGAUAAAGGUCUUCAAUGGGCUCCACGUACUCUUGGCGAGAAAGGGGAGGAAAGGACCGGGGGAAGGGGGUGGGUAAGGGUUGGGAGUGUGGGUGAGGGAGGGAGAGGGAAGUGGGUUGGAGGAAGGGAGGUCUACCUUUGUUAUCUUCUACCCACAGAGCGAAAAUGACGAUAAUCUUGGUACUGUGUCAUUCACCAGAGACCCACAAAAGAUUGUGUACGUACGGGACUGAAGUGGGACUGAUGUAGGGGGGAUGACGACGUCAUUGUUGGUGCUCCACGCCCUUGAUUGGUACCAAGUUCAGUUGAUGGUUUAUUCCCCGAAACCAUCGAUAGCGAUAGCAAAGUUGCAAGUGUACGGACUACCCAGACGAUAUUGUGGUCGUGUGGUUAUGUGGAACUAUGUGAGCAAAAGCGAAAGAGAUUGUGCAUGGUACACAUACACCAAUCGGUGCGAAGGUUUGGCGAAAAUAAUGCCAAGGGUCGAAUGAAUCCCUUUGGAGAAAGAGCAAAUGAGAAGAGAGGAGCUUGUGCUUUGCUCAGCCAUGUGUGAUUUUUCUUUGUCGUAAGCAUGGCAGCUAGUGGGCGAAGAUUUUGGUGAGCAUCUCUCAUGCAGCAGCAGGGAGCUGAGCGGCAGGCGCUUCGGUCGUCGUACACUGGAUGACACCAUGUUUGGCAGUGGUAUGUAGUUUUUUUUUGUUUUUUUUUUUCUGUUUAGGGAGAAAAGAGGAGCAGUCACACAUGAACGGAGUCAUGUGUUUCAUUGGGGCAUUUAGACAUUUUGGAAGAAGUCCUAUAUUUACUCACUGGUGAAGGGCAGAGGGGAAUAUGCAGAUGAAAUGACUUGUGCCAGAAGACGGAUGGUUAUCGGAUUACAGGAUGGUUGUGAAGGGAUGAAGGUGGGCUUGGAGUGUAUGAACAAGAAGCAACGAUGGAAAAGGCUGGCUCAUAUUCUCAGUUAAGUUAGAAUGAAUGAACCUGGUUUGCAUUGCGGACCAGGGACAUCACCUGGACCUGGUCCAUGCGCAUGUGAGAGUACAAAUGAGAGGGAUAAGUCAUCAACUGAAACUACAAUGAAUGAUGAGAAAGUGCUCUCAUGUGAGCCAACCCACGGUUACUACCGCCACAGAUGCGGAGAUAGCAUUGUGACUUUGGUUCGGAUUUAGACAUUGUCCCUGUUUGUUUCGCUUAGUGUAGUUCCCGCAAGGGGGACGUUCGGCUCAUACCAACAUCACAAGAGGACUUCAACCACUUGUAGAAACCUGCGGCAGCAGUUGCUUUUCGGACUCCAAAUUUUGUC